UUCGUCUUGUUAUUAAUGUAACCUUUUAAUUAAUUUUAACAUCUUUUAAAGUGUACCAGUUGUGUAUUAAAUUGAUAAGAGUAAUAAAUUAAGAUGAAGAACAGUUCAAGCACAGCAGAUAGGUUCAUCCCUCGUCGAAGGGGGAAAGAUAUGGACCUAUCUAACUAUCUUGUUAGUUCAUCAACUCAAAAUUACGAAAAUGGAAGUGGUACAAAGAGCGAUUGGCAAAAACGAAUCUACACACAAACAUUGUGGUCUUGUAUGUUUGGAUUAAACAGGAAAGAUGUGCUAAAAUUUUCAGACGGUGCCCAUUCUUCUCCAAAAUAUGGCAUUGUACCUAACCAAUUGUGGCCAGUUAAACCGAGAAAAAAACCGGUUAUUGGCAAACCAGUAACGAUACUGGACAUGCCUGGUAUAGAAUUUGAUAUAACCUUUUCGAAGAUGGACUGGAGUAAAAACGGCGACCUGGCGUGCAUUCACGAACACGAAGUCUACGUGUGGCAUGAAAAUAUACAAAACGCAUUUAAAAUAACAGAAACUGGUAAAAGAGUAAACAAUUGCAUAAAAUGGAAUAAUACAGGAACGCGGUUGGCUAUGGGUUUAAAAAUGUCCAAAAUUGCUAUUUGGAACGUACAACAGGAAAAGAAAGAAGUAGAAGUCACUUGUGUUUGCUGUCCAACAUACUGCUACAUCACCUGCCUCGUUUGGACGAAAGCGAAUAAAUUAAUUUCCACAUGCUCGCGCGGUUAUAUGACCCUGUGGACCAAAAGACUGUCGCUCCUUCGACAAAUUAUGGCCCAUUCAAAGUUCAUAACCUACGUGGAUAUUUCUUGUAACGAAACUUACUUAGUUACUUCCGGUCUGGAUAAUUACGUUCGAAUUUGGAACCUAGCACAACUUUCGGAAAUUAUUAAAUUAUACAUUUCGGUAAAUGUUAAGGGUCUUAGCUUUCACCCAACGCGGGAACCCUUCCUCGUUCUGGGAUUGUGUGAUGUCGAUUACAGGAAAUGUAAAAGUUCGUUGAUUUUGUUUAACGUACUAGUAGAAAACUACAUUGCUCGUAAGGAUUUUCCUCGAGGAACCUUUAUCGAUGCUCUAAGUUUUUGUCCUUUUUCUGGAGAAUUAGUGGUAAGUUACUAUUUCUGCAAAGAGGAUAACAAAUACGACUGUGAGAUUGCCGUCCAUUCCGAUUUCGAUACAAAAGUGGAUUGUAUGAAAUAUCAUUCUGAUAGAGUUGUUUGCUUAAUAUGGAACAAGAACACUCAAGAACUAGGAACGGCAGGGGUAGACGAAGAUUUAUGCAUUUGGGACUUCUUGGGCAAAGCCAACAAACAAGUCCCAAAAAAGCGAGAAAAAAUUCAACACAGUCCUUUGAAUAUUUUAGAAUGUUUCAAAUAAUUAUAAUGUAUUUAUUGAUAAUAUUAUUGUUUGUUAUUAUAUUGUUGUGAUU